AUGGAUGCACGCGCUCUUGCAUCUCCUAACCUCACUGUUCUCCUGGCUGGGAAUAAGGCGGACCUUGCGUCUGACUCCGUGACCCAUGGCGAUUUCGCAGAUGACAGCAUGAGAGCACCCCCUACUCCUUCCAGCACUAGCAGCAAGCAGUCAUCAUUCCCAAUCGACUCGGUUCCUGGUUCCGUUCGAUCUACAAGCCUUCUGGGUACUGGAACAAGGCUCACGGCGACAUAUGCCUUCGAAGGUCGUCAAGUGAGUGCCGAAGAGUCAGCGCGUUGGGCUGCCAAGGCGAAUAUUCCUGUUGCUGUCGAGGUGUCGGCUCUUACCGGAGAGGGCGUGGAAGAAUUGUUCAACCGGCUGGCACGAAUUAUCCUUACCAAGAUUGAGCUAGGGGAGAUCGAUCCCGACGAUCCUCAAAGUGGCAUUCAAUAUGGAGAUGGCGGACUGUAUGGCCAGGGCACUAGCGAUGGGUCGAGUAUUCGAAGUCGAAUGACAGUCGAUGAUAAUUCCGUGCAACUGCAUCGCAGGAAUCCAAAAAGGCGGGGUGGCAGUAGGGGAGUGAAUAACUGGAGAAGCAACAUGGGAGAAUGGGAAGAGGUCUUUCGACUCAGCGGCUCGCACCAAAAGAAGGGUACCGGAUGCUGUUGA